AUGUAUUACAGUUAUGCUCCAAAAAUAAUUUCUCAGCGCGUUCUACAAUUAUCCGGGAAAAAUUUGUUUACUCGAAAUAAUUUUGUUCUAAGCAAUAUUAGUAAGAAGGUUCAGCUUAAUUUACUACGUAAUUUUGCUACUAUAGAGAGCAAUACUUCAGGAGCUGAAAUUCCAGCGAAGAAACACGCACCAACAAAAGAACUUACUCAAGACGACAUUAAAUUUUUCACUUCAAUUUUACCCGCUAAUGGAUUAAUCAUUGAUAAGGAGGAUGAUUUGAUGCCCUAUAAUAUUGAUUGGAUGAGAAAAUACAGAGGAAAGUCACGUCUAGUAGCAAGACCUAAAACUACACAGCAAGUUUCUCAAAUACUUAAAUAUUGUAAUGACAAUAAGUUGGCUGUCGUACCGCAAGGUGGUAACACGGGACUUGUUGGUGGCGGAGUGCCAGUGUUUGAUGAAAUUAUUAUUAACACUAAUAAUUUGAAUCAAAUCAGAAGUUUUGAUCCAAUUUCAGGUGUUCUUACUUGUGAUGCUGGAUGCAUUCUGGAGCUUCUUGAUGGUUAUUUGGCUGAACGAGGUUAUAUGAUGCCACUAGAUUUAGGUGCAAAGGGAAGUUGUCAUAUUGGUGGAAAUGUGGCAACGAAUGCUGGUGGAUUGAGAUUACUAAGAUAUGGAUCGCUUCAUGGCUCAGUCUUAGGACUGGAAGCGGUAUUGCCGGAUGGAACUAUAUUGGAUAACUUAUCUACACUUCGUAAAGACAACACAGGUUAUGAUAUAAAACAACUAUUUAUUGGUAGCGAAGGAACACUUGGAAUCAUUACAGGUGUUUCCAUAUCUACUCCACGAAGGCCGAGAGCUGUAAAUGUUGCCGUCCUUGGAUUUAAUUCAUUUCAAAAUGUACAAAAAGCAUUUCUUACAUCAAAAGAUGAAUUAUCUGAAAUCCUGUCAGCAUUUGAAUUUUGGGAUAUUAAUGCCUUGAAAUUGUUGAAAGCACAUAAUAUCCAUGGAAAAAAAUUUCCAUUGGAAGAUAAUUAUCCGUUUUAUGUAUUAGUUGAAAUAAGUGGAUCAAAUAAAUCUCACGAUGAUGAAAAAUUACAAAAUUUCCUAGAAAAGCUUUUAACGAAUGAAAUAGUUACGAAUGGAGUUGUAGCACAAGACGAUACACAAAUAACAAGUUUAUGGUCAUUACGUGAAGGUAUUCCGGAAGCAUGUAGUAAAGCUGGAGCUGUUUAUAAAUAUGACAUAAGUAUGCCGGUACCAGUACUUUACCAAAUGGUUAAAGAUAUUAGAAUUAGAUUGCAAUCUGCUGGUGUGCUUGGAGAAGAUAAAUUGGUUAGCGAUGUAAUAGGUUAUGGACAUAUUGGCGAUGGAAAUUUACAUUUGAAUAUAGUAGCCAAGUCUUAUGAUCCUAAAGUUACUAAUUUAAUCGAACCUUAUGUAUAUGAAUGGACAGAACAACACAAAGGAUCCAUAUCAGCAGAACAUGGACUUGGGUUAAUGAAAGCAGAUUAUUUAGGAUAUACAAAAUCUCCUCCCAUGAUUUCUUUGAUGAAACAGAUUAAGCAAAGUAUCGAUCCCAAUGGAAUUAUGAACCCUUAUAAAUUCUUACCAACACAGUAA